AUGGAGGGCCUCUUCACGUUGCUCAUUCUGGGCAUCGUGAUGGCUGUAACCUUCGCAUUAUCUCCGUCGCAGUUGCGAUUUAUUUCAUCGCUUGGUAUGGGUGUCCUGGUUGGGACUGCUCUAAUCGUCAUCAUACCCGAAGGAAUUGAGACACUAUACAGCUCCGACAUCCAUCGUAUUCAAAAAAGCCUUCACGCGCGUGCGCUGGAUGUACGAUGGCAGCAUCAGGAUACCCAUGCUAUUCUGCCGAGGACAGUUCCAAGUGUGGCAGAUUUGAAUGCCAUGCCUGGUCCAGUUAUCCCCGAAGUGCCCUCGAUGCCGGCAAGCCCACCAUCUACACCGACCCAGCCAGAAGAGGUGCAUAUUCUAGGAUCUGAUGUCGGCCAUACAGAGCUACAGGAGCACAAAGCGAGGGAUGAGGACUCCGAAAGCGAUACUCAUGAGCAUGAGCAUGAGGAUAACGAGCGCUCUCUUCACGCCUGGAUAGGUGUCGCCCUCAUUAGCGGGUUUAUUCUCAUGUACCUAAUCGACAAGCUUCCUGGGUUCGCAUCCCCCUCGAAGCAGAAACGGCCACCAUAUCAUAUCUCGCUGGACAACUUAGGAUCCGGAUUGCGACGCAGCGCUUCACCCUCCCGGGAUGGAGGACUACUGGAGCCGGAUAGCCCCUCAUCACGCAGCCACAGCUUUGCGACUACCACUGGACUUGUGAUUCAUGCGGCUGCCGAUGGCAUCGCACUCGGGGCGUCCGGGUCCAAUACGAACUUGAGUUUUAUCAUCUUCCUUGCUCUUCUAGUUCACAAGGCGCCCGCCUCAUUCGGGCUGACGUCGGUGUUGCUGAAGCAAGGCCUCUCUAGUCGAAGUGCUCGAGCUCACCUGUUGGUCUUUAGCUUAGCAGCACCGGUGGGAGCUUUGUUGACAUUCGUCUUUGUGCAAACUGUUGGAUCAGGCUUGGCCGGGGAUGAGGUAGCAACCCGAUGGCGGACUGGCAUGCUACUGUUGUUCUCCGCCGGGACAUUUUUGUAUGUGGCCAUGCACACUAUGCAGGAAAACGCACCCCGUCCUUCCUCAUACGAUUCGUAUAGCAACGGCUAUGCAGAGUCUAGAGAUACACAACGGCCCAAGGGAUCCAUGAGAGACCUGAUCGCCUCCAUUAUUGGCAUGCUCUUGCCGUUAUUCUUGCAAAUCGGUCAUGCUCAUUAA